CUGCAGUUUUCUGUGUUAACCUGGUGCAAAGAAGCAAUGGAUUCGGAGACUACAGGUUCAGAGGGUUCCUCUGGAGUGAGAAUAGUGACUCGUAAAUCACUCUUCGAUAAGAUGAAGAAUGAAAAUUUACGUAAUUUAGAAAAAAAGCUAUGUUUUUUGAGAGACCACCUUUUAACUCAAGACAACCUUAGUGAAAUCACAACUAAAAAUCGUCAAGGUCGCCCUCGUAAAUCAUUUGGUGAAUCUAGCGAAAGGAGCAAAAGAAGAAAAACUGAAGAGAUCCGCUCCAAUGUAGAAGAUGGUGUUAUAGUUCACGCAGCUCAAGUUGAACUGAGAAAAUCGGAAAACGUGAUGCUUCCCGCGUUCUCCAAGAUAUAA